GCAGUGGGAAUGCUUGGCGGUCCGCCCCGCUGACCUGGUACAGGGAGCUUGAAGAUGUGUAAGUAGAUCUCGUGAGAUAAAAGUUUGCUUCCCCUCUUUUUGUUGGAUGUUGGAUUAUUUGUCUUGUAACAUCUUUGGAUCAAAAUGGCCCCUAUUGCUCAGGCUGUGACUGUCUCCCUACAGGAGCUAAAGGACGGAACGGUGUCGUUUGAGAAGCUCCAGCAAGCAUUCGGCCCGGAUUCUCUGGGUAUCUUGGUUGUCAAAGAUGUACCACCCGAGUUUGCGAGUCUGAGGCAUCAUGCCCUCUCCUAUUCGUCUUACCUUGGAAACCUCCCCAAGUCUGAGCUGGAUAAACUCGAGAAUGAAAAGGCCAAGUACCUUACCGGAUGGUCCCUUGGAAAGGAAACCCUCAAGAACGGCCAGGUCGACACAUUAAAGGGCUCUUUCUAUGCCAACUGUGCUUUCUAUGUUGACCCAAAGCUGUCUUGCGCAGCACCCACCGAGGAGUUCAACACUGACAACUUCCCUGAGUAUCUCUCGCCCAACAUCUGGCCGGAUGAUGCGACGCUACCCGGCUUCAAAAACUCUGUCGAGGAUCUUUGCCGUCUGAUCAUUGACGUUGCCGUUUUGGUGGCUAGAGCGUGCGAUAGGUUCGCCGAGAAGGAAAUUGCCGGUUAUCCCAACGGUUACUUGGAAAAGGUUGUGAGCACCUCGACCACGACAAAGGCUCGCCUGUUACACUACUUCCCCGAGGACCCCGUCAACGCGCCUCCUGCGCCGACAAAGGCGAGCGAAAUCGCGAAUGGCGAGGGCGGCGACGAGGAUGACUGGUGUGCUACCCAUCUGGACCACGGCUGUUUGACCGGUUUGACUUCGGCCAUGUUUGUCGACGAAGCCAAGACGCCAGCGGUCGCACCGGCUUUUGAACAAACUUUGGCCGACAGCAAGCCGCUGAAGUUGGCACCUCUUCCCGAACUUGAUGCGUCUCCUGACCCGGCAUCUGGUUUGUACAUCAAGUCUCGUACUGGGCAAACGGUCCAGGUCAAGAUUCCCCGCGACUGCAUUGCUUUCCAGACGGGCGAGGCAUUGGAGAGGAUUACUGAGGGCAAGUUCAAGGCUGUGCCGCAUUUUGUACGGGGAGCUCGUGCUUCCAUGAGCGAUGGCCGGAUUGCGCGCAAUACACUUGCCGUUUUUACCCAGCCGAACCUGGGUGAGGAGGUUGACAUGGAGCAGCAUAUUACCUUUGGAGAGUUUGCGAGGGGAAUCGUGGCCAAGAACACUGUUUCUUAGAUGGUAGCAAAUGAGACGUUCUGUACAGUGAACCACCAAUAUCCUGAGAUGCCGAGGCGUUAAGAUGCCGGAACCCCUGCUUUGUCGACCUUGGCAUGCCGGCUUGGCAGGCCUUCUAGCGCGAUUUCAUGCAGCUUUUGUCCGCCGGGAGCUCCCUGUGUCAAGUUCACCAUCAACGGACGGCGGGAAGCUCCGGGACUUCCAAAAUUGCCGCUUCCAGGUCGAGGGCUGAAGGUUGCGCCGGGCCGAUAUCUCGUCGGUUAUCCAUUCCUUUUUCCUUCUUGAACCUCUGCUUCUUCAACGGCCUUCUCUGUCCGCUCAAUUGACUGGAAAGACGACCAGAGUGUCUUACUCGGCUUCCUACUUACCCCUUCAACUCAACUGUCUGGCCUCUUCUCUCUAAGAGCUUGAACGAAGAAAGCUCCGAAGCAUCCGAGCAACAUCAC